CGCUGCUGUGGUCGUGGAGGUACAGAAACGAGGUUUCUCCUGUGUGUUCUCAGCUACUCGUCCAGCACCUCCUGGUUCAGUACUUCUCUUGGUUUACUGGCCAGAAGAGUAGUACCUGUCUCGUGAGCUUCAGAUAUGGCCGGCCCUUGUGUGGUGGCUCUGCUGGUCUCCUGCUGUCUGCUGCUGCCUGCUUCCUCCGCUCCAGUUGGCGGAGACGGGGACGUACACACGGCCUGUUUGUACAGUCAGCAUGACCUCGCUAAACCCAUGGGGAAAUGGAACACGCAGCCUUGCCCCUUCACCUUCACGGAGGUGAAGGUGAAGGAAGUCAUCAUCUACAACGCCACCUGCGCCCCCUCCGACAACUGGCGAUGCCGCCCCAACAUGCUGGUGGUGAAUGAUCUCCCCGUCGCCACCUACUGCUACGAAGAUCUGCCUGAGGACAGUCCUGGUGACAACCGCUUAGAUUCAUGAGCGGAGUUGCAUAGAAGAUAGAACUCCUUCGCAGUGAAAUCACAAUAACGUGUACCUACGAGAUGAUCAUUGGAGCAGCGGGGGGUUCGAUUCCACCGCCCUGCUUUAAUGGUUUUAUCAAUGGACUCGUGUGUUGUUGUCUCUCCUGCCUGACAGUGGGAGCUGUGUAUCACCCAAGGUCCCUCUUGCCCUUGUCUCCACACCUGUUUCCACUGUCUUGUUACAGUUGUGGCUGGAGAUAACAGCUGUGGCUGGAGCCAACAGCGGUACAGCUGAAGAACACUUUAUACCUUAUAGUCAAAUAUGAAACGUAAUGUAACAAAUAUUAUAGCAUUAGCUUAGA